AUGUCGGACCGCUCUCAGCAUGAUAGCGGUAGCGCAUCUCCCUGUCUAAAGACGGCCACCACCCCCACAACCUACGAGGACACUAUGUCCAUCACAUCUUCGCGCGCCCUCCCUCCAGGCCCGCAUCCUACCCCGGCGCACACUCUCGCUGGCGAUGUUCCGAGCUUCGAGUUCAUGGUGAACAAAAUACAAGGCCUCGAAGUUGGCCCGGAAGACUCAAAACUUCCUGGACAAGUCGUCGACUCAAAGCACGUCGAGUCCAACGAAKCGGAGAUGGGUGGCGAAUACCCCGAGGCUUCGAAGUGGGAUGCCGUGGCCGAAGAAGAUGUCACUCGAGGUCUCCAGCGCCUGUCAGUUGUUGCCGAGGAUGAACACAAGGAAGACCCAUCCAAAAGCGUUGAGCACUAUUACUCUCUGCGCCUCGCCAAGAUCAUCUCCGCCAGCACUGUCAAAUUCGACGCGACAUACUUGAAGCGAUGA